UUUUGUGACAUCACAAUCAAUCUCCCAGAAUGCGUGGGAAUGCUGAGUGGAACACUAUUGUGACUUUCUUCCCGUUCAGCAGUAACAAACACCGUAGACCUCUACCUGUACGCGAUACGUCCGCACCACAUCGGGAGGGGUUUUGAAUGCUGUUGUGCGACUGUCAAGAGGCACUGUAAUUUGAAAUCGAGGAAAUAAGACGUCGGACUGAAGAGCAAACGAAUGGCGAGAGAAUACGCUAAACAUUGCCCCGCAUCACCAAUGAAAAACAGUUUGUUGGUGACAGCAGCGAUCCUUCUGAUUAUUCAAGCUGCUUCGUGUCAGCGGGUGAGGGUGGAGACGGAGGUGGAGGCGUACCCCACCGAGUCGGUCGACCUCCGCUGUCAGUUUGUCGACGGAGGAAACACCAAGCUCACACAGGUGUCGUGGAUAUGGGAGCCCACGGAAGGCCAGCGGGACAACAUUGCCGUCUUUCACCCCACAUACGGCGAGAGCUUCCCCGAAUCUCCCUUCACUGGGCGUGUCCGCUUCAUCAAAGGCACCUUGACAAGCCCCUCCAUUACCAUUACCAGCCUGAAGAUGGCCGACGCCGGGCGGUACACCUGCGAGUACGCCACCUACCCCAGCGGCAAUGAGCAAGGCACCACCAAUCUGGUCAUGCUUGCUAAACCCAAGAAUUCGGCAUCUCCCGUUGUCGUCCAAGCCAGCACCAGCGGUGAACCAGUGGUCGUGGCCCAGUGCGAGGCUGCCGACAGCAAGCCAGCGGCCACCAUCAAGUGGAUGGGAGCGGUCGGUGGCACUGAAAACACCACCUCCGUAAAAGGGCCGGACGGCACGGUGACGGUGAGGAGCAAGUACCUCAUAGUGCCCACGCCAGAGGACAACGGCAAGGAGGUCACCUGCAUAAUCAGCCAGCGCACCCAGGACAAGCCCCAGACCUUCCCCAUGAAGUUGGCCGUCGAGUAUCCCCCGACUGUGUCCAUAGUGGGCUAUGAUAACAACUGGUACGUCGGCCGAACCGACGCUGUCCUGACCUGCCAGGCCACUGGCAACCCUGCCCCCACCACCGUCACUUGGACAGUCAUGUCAGGUCCUAUGCCUGACACGGUGCAGAUCAACGCCAACAAGCUGAUCGUGCGGAAGGUGGACGAGGCUGUGAACACCACCUUCGUCUGCGAGGUGAAGAACCGGCUGGGAGUGAGCAAGCACCAGGUCACCACAGCGGUCAUCGAGGCCAUAGUGGACCCGUCCAACGCGGGCGUGGUGGCGGGGGCUAUCAUCGGCAGCCUGCUGGCCCUUCUGCUGGUCAGCGCGCUGAUUGCCGUCCUGGUGACCCGCAGUCGCCGGCAACGGCGCGGCUACCCCGGCAACGGAGAGCCAGGGGCCUACGGGAACAAAGCCCGCCUCUUCGGCGGAGCUGGCAACAAGAAUGGAGGCACUGGGCUCAACAUCAAUGGGCCCAUCUAUACGUACCGCGAGAGUGACCCCGGAGCACUGGCCAAGGUUAACGACUUCCACAGCCCGCCAGGCUCCAACCCCACCGCCCACGACAUCCUGCUGAGCAGCGAAAUGGAUGAGGCGGAGCGCAGGAAGUUCGACGCACUCGACGGCAGCCUGGAGGAGGAAGAGGAGCGCUACGACAGCUUCAGCGUGGGCAUGGCGCCAGCCUAUCACAUCCACCGGCGCGACGACGAGAUGGGAGGGGUCAGCAUUUACCUGGAUGACGACAUGGAGUCACAGCGGGACGGGUCGGUCAUCUCCCGGACUGCCAUCUACGUCUAGAGAGGGACGGUCAACCAACAGGGUCCAGGAGGGAGAGCUGAGGACAGGGAGGAGAGUUCACCACCAACCUCCAACCACCUGUCUGGAAUGAUCCCAUCAACCACCCUUCCCCUGCUUACUCUAGAGACAUGCUUCGCUUAUGAUUAUUUUCUAUUAAAAGAAACCACCACAGAAACAAAACAAGGAGUCGAAACUGUUCUGUAACUGAUGGACAAGCAGUGAUGACUUGAGGGCGCUGCUGAAUGACUAGACGUCUUGAAGUCAGUCAGUCAGUCUACCCCAAAAAUCAAACGCUGUAUCUCCUCUUCAAUGCUGCUUACCACUCCAUUUCAGCUUAGCAAGUGAAACGUGACCGGGUGACCGCAUUUAGUAGCCAACUAAUCCACGGAACUGCGAACACCGUAAAGACUUUUUCUUGGUAAGGAAACGUACCGUUCAAUGUCACCUUCAUGGGAAAACUUUAGACGCAUUCGUAGAUGGUCACACUAGUUCUAUAACCACUGCUACAGCUUCAAGAUGUUCUCCGGUGAACCGCGGUGUGGAGGGCAAGGAACAAAGCUGUGUCUUGCUUAAUGUGCAUCAUCACAGGCAUUCAUACACAGCGUUAUGUAAUGGUCUUUGUAUUGUCAAGAUGUUUGGGCCUUAAGGGCCUCGUUGAAGCACGUUUGGUUUUAAUGACUAUUAGGCAGAGGUUCGUCUCACCAACUUAGUUUCCAACUUUAUUUUCAAUGCACUUUUCCUUCUUUCUAAUGGCUUUGUGAUUCUUUUCUUUUACAUUUGGGAGACCAGCGACAUGGUAGACAAAGCUGGGGGUGGGGUUUGAACGAGAGAAGUGGAGCGACCAGAUCCGUAAAAAAAAAAAAUUCCACCUGAAUGUUGGCUCUGUUCAUGUUGGUGGAAUUUCACCGCUAAGCAGGGGUCAGCGGGUCAGCUGGCACCGUCCGAGGUGUGCUAGCCUACCAUGCUUAGGGUCCAAAACCAGCUUGUCUAGUUUGCCUAGGGACAGAUAACAGACCCACUGACAGAUGGACAGGCACACCCAUCUCUAACUGGGCCUCCUGCUCUGCCUGUCAGUUUGACCAAUUAGACGGGAGCACCCUCCAUUUCCCCGGCAAGUCGAUCAAUGCGCCGUUUUUUUAAUGGCAACGAGAUAUUUCGCUGCCGACGCUCGAGGAUCAGAGGCAGAGGCGGAAUAUUUCCCUCUCUGUUUUUACCAGAACAAGCUGUUCCUUCCCCGCAUGUUUAAUUCAGGAGUGGAAGAAGCAUAAAAGUGUUGCGCGUUACCUUGUGCGGAGGGAUAGAGAGAGAGGCUGGUAUUGAGUACUUGUGCGAUUUAAUCCAGUUAAACCAAGCUGCACAUAAGGCUGAAAUUACAAUAUUUUGCUCCCGAAUACAGUAGGAAUUAUGAGGUGGUAUGAGGUAGACUGUCUAUGAUCAAUUAUCUACUUAGUCUUAGAAAUAUUCUCUCUUUUUUUUUUAGCAGGGCGGAAUACUUAGUAGAGUAUUUAUAUUUGUCAUUUUUUUGCUGCGUCUCUGUGUAAUCUCUUCUGGCCUUCUAAGGGGGCAGUAACACAUUAAAUAUGCCUGUGACUGUGUGUGGGGGUAUUUCUGACCAUGUGCAAGGCCCAUUAGUUCUAAGCCUGACCGGCAUAUGUGUUUUCGAGUUCUGAGUGGACUGAAUUUGAUUCUCUGCCAGACCUGGAACGAGGGUAAGGAGCUAACCCCACCCGCAGUAUGUUCCACUGUCGGAUUAGCGGCGUACACGUUAAAGCAGCGGCCGCGCGUGGGUAUGCUGACGAGUGUGUCAAUUGUGCAAGGGUGUGUGUAGCGUGAUUGAACAGAUUUGUGUCGGCGAGUAUAUUUUGAGUUGUGUGUGUGUGUAUAUCCCACACGCUGAUUCACCGCGUAAUAGCUCAAUAUUAUGCAGGAGUUGUUUUUGCAUAAUUUCAUACAUAUGGAUUGCUAAGCCUAUCCUGAUUUUAUCUCGGAGUCAUUCAUCACUCAUUUCAUGCACAGUAACCUCACUGAUGAAGGGGUUGGGGGACGGUGAUAGGAAACUGCUUAGCACGAGGACCCGCAUGGACAUGAAUAUUUCACUGGCGGAGUUGGAGUGACUCAAAGGGCCUUUGGAGUGGUCUCCUGUGCCACCCCUUGACAGAUGAAAACUUGAUUGGGUAUUGGUAUCCGGGCCGCUGCUCUGAAAAUAUUGUGUUCGACGACUCCUCCUUUGCCUUUUUUUUAUCACAGAUUCAUAUCACAUAAUCAGAUCCUCACCACUGUGUCCAAAUUAACGGUUUGUUUUCCUGAUGAUGUUUUGUGCGAAUGGAUAUAAGCAUUUUAACAGUCUUAUGUGAAGUGUUUGGUUGUGUAUUUGUUGAUGUAAAAAAAUCAAUUUAAUGAAGUAAGUGUGUAUUUAUCUUCGAGGCUUCCGAUAAGAAAUGUUAUUGGUCCAUUAACACAGACUACUAUUAUGGGAAUUGGUUGCAAAAUAACCAAUGAAAACAAAUGACCUUACAUGCAUUGACACACAUGUAAUUACAGUAUCUUGUAGCCUACUGGUACAUAGAGGUACAUUAUAUUAUCGAGGGCCUUGAACUCUAAGCUGCUCUCACCAUCUUCUCCACACAAACACUCUCUCUCUCUCUCUCUUUCUUCCACAGAUAAACUCACAUGAGAGCAUAUAAUCACCCUCUCUCAAGAUCUGUUUCACCCAUAGAAUGCGCACACACACACACACAAAUAUCUUUCCCUGACCUGACACACACCUUGAGUGCAAUGCCUCCCAUUAGCAGGGGCAAGAUUGUUCCUCGUUGGGCUCCAUCAUCAUUCUCCAUCUUGCUAUUAAGAUGAACAGAGAGAGAGAACAUCUCUCUCUACAGAGGCUUAAAACCUUUAAUUCCCCAUUUCCCUGUUUUUAAGAAGUAAACCCAGCACCAAUUUCACCAAUUUCACAUGGAAUAAAAAGCUACGUUUCUGGGAUGAAAUUACUCUCCCUGUCUAAGGGCAGUGGUGGUGGUCAUUUUAAAAAGCCUAAUGGGUCACGACAGCCUACAAUUCACGCUCGACUCUAAUCUCAAGACAACCAAACAAAGCCUUAAAUUCACAAUUCCACCACAUGCAGUAUUCCCCGUGUCCCUCGUGUACAUAGCAUAAAUAAAUCGUACAUAACGUGCAACAAGCAUGACUAAUUGAUGUGGUCAUGUUAGCCCAGUUGCUAGCAUAAUAAGAUAUUCCAUUUUUUCGGCUAAAUUCUACAGUGGGGUUUUUUUUUCAUUUUCUUUUUUUUUUACUUGAGCACAAUAUUGACAGGAUUAUGACCUGGAGAAUAUGACUAAUAUUAAAAUGCUCCUAUAUUCCCAGAUGUUUGUCUCUCACUACAAGCUGCUAGUAUAACGAUGUUCUCUGUAUCGCCAUCUGACAUUGUGGGUGUUUCGUUCCAGUUUGUCCUGUCACAUUUAUUUUUGUAUUCUGGUGUUAUUAAAGUAUGAUGGAUUUCUAAAUA